AUGGCGCCACAAGCAUCCGUCUCCUACAUAUCGGCGGCGUUCAACCGCGCCAAUCACAUUGCUGAUUGGGCCGAUGCUCCUCAUAGCAUUGUCGCAUAUGCUGCCAACAAGUCGAUUGCCAUCUGGGACAAGCCAGGACACCCUUCCUCUCCUGGAGUGACUCAGCUUCUCGCGACAGGAUUCUGCAAAUCGAUCACAUCGCUCAAGCUUGCAGACUUGCCAUCUCUAUCAUCAUACCCAUGCAUCGUCGCUGGAUCAGCCGAAGGAUCGAUAGCUAUUUGGACACUUCGCGAGGACGGAAAAUGGGCAAAAGUGCAUAUGAUCAAAGGAGCGCAUCAGGGAUCUGUCUCGGCUCUUGGAGUUGUUCGCUCUCACGCGACACUAUCGCUGGGAUCUGUGGUCGUUUCGGGUGCUUCUGAUGGUCUGCUCAAAGUGUGGUCGCUUUCGGCUCAUCGAUCACAGGCUCCUUCGGUGGUGCAAACUAUCGAUCUGAAAGGUCGUUUCCCUCUCGAUCUCUCAUUGCUUCCAUUACCGAGCACACAAAUCGAUGCGCAGUCCUCACUUCAUUUGCUGAUGGCUUUGGCCACUACCACCAACAAGAUCGAUAUUUAUGCAUCCGGCACCGCGUCGAAGGACAACGCCGAGUUUUGCGAAUUCCAGCACAAGCUAUCGCUCGAAGGUCACGAGGACUGGGUCAAGUCGCUUGACCUCUGCACCACAUUCACCGACGCUGAUUCGGACCACAACAUCGAUACCGUCAUGCUCGCCAGUGGGUCCCAGGAUGCCAGCGUGAGGCUGUGGAAGAUUGCUCCAGCACAGCAGGAUCAGGCGUCGUCAGCUCAGCAAUCACCAACAAGUUCCAGCAAGGGCGACAACUUUGAAGAGAUGGUUUCAAAGAUCGAAUCGGACAGAAGCACAAAGGCUGGUGAAAUUUCUACUCGUGCCCAUCCUUUCUCUGUCACAGGUCAAGGUGGAUCAACUCAGACUUGGGUUGUUACCUUCGACGCUUUGCUUGUUGGACACGGCAACUGGGUCACCGGUGUUCAAUGGCAUCCAGCUGUGAUAUGCAAAAAUGGUAAAGCACGGCAGCAACCAGCUGCACUUCUUUCUUCUUCCGCUGACAACAGUCUCAUCUUGUGGACUCCCUAUGGACCAUCUUCUGACGCAUCUUCCAACUCACCCUUCCCUGCCUUUGAUGGUGCCCUUCUCUCCACUGGAGGCGCACGACGUGCCCGUGGUCCGACCUCUCAUCAUCUCGCCUCCUCUGUUUGGAUGCCAUCUCAACGUUUUGGUGAGGUUGGUGGGGCUAGUAACCUUGGGUUCUUUGGUGCACUCUGGAUGCUGCCUGCAUCUUCCAUUUCGGCUGCAAUUGAUCCACAACAGCCCAUAUCCAGUGUUAUUGCCCAUGGCUGGGGUGGUUCUGCACACAUCUGGACCCUUGCCGCGCAAAAAACAGCUUCAUCAUCAUCUUCUCAGCCACAGUGGCGAGUAACAGAUCCAGUCACAGGUCACUUUGCAUCUGCCAGAUCCGUCGCUUGGGAACCUUGCGGAGAAUACCUACUCAGCUGUUCCGAUGACCAGACCACACGACUGCACGCUCGACCCAUGCAGAGGCAAGGCCAAUCGCUCAACGUAGAUUCAGCGACCUGGCACGAGGUCGCACGUCCACAGUCGCACGGCUACGACCUCCACUCGGUCUCUUGGCUCGAUCGACUCAAUUUCGUCUCCGCCGCCGAUGAGAAGGUUCUACGUGUAUUCUCGGCUCCUCGUGGGUUUGUUGGUACGGCAGGCAGGAAUGGACUCCUUUGUGCGACUCUAGGAUCCGAACAGGAGUCGAGGUCAGCCUCUCGUCCUGUUACUGGAAGAAAUGCUCUGCUCCAUCUCGAGAUCGAUGAGGCAGCAGGCUUGCUCGAGUCAGCAAAGAGGCACGGCGACUUGAUUAAGCAGGCUGUGGAGAAAUGCUGCCACCAGCAGAGUGAUUCUGUCACGGCUAUCGUUUCGUCUAGCCGUUUCGAGAAGCCUUUCAAGGGUCUCAGCUUCAAGAAUAUCGAGCUAUACCUCAAAUGGCUUUACGGACAGGCAUGGGCUGUUGCCAUCCAACGUGGCCUCAUGCUCGCCAACAUCACCGUGCUCUUGGUCCCAGAUACUUCGCUCGACAACGUUGCUCGCCGCUUGAGCUCAUCCGAUGCGGAGGUUCUGCAAGAUGCGACCAUGAGUCAGGGCUCGGUGGCUACUUGGCAGCAACUUGGUAUCAGGACCGCGUCGUUGGACUCCAACCUGACUUUGAAGGAGGACCACGAGGCUGUUGGUCAGGACGAUGGGAAAGGUCUAAUUACCUAUCCUGUUGCGGCUCUUGGCGGCACGUUUGAUCAUCUUCACGUCGGACACAAGAUUCUGCUCACCAUGGCAUCACUCAUUGCCCAACGCAAGAUUAUUGUCGGUGUCACUGACGACGCCAUGCUCACCAAAAAGUCCAACGCGAGUCUCCUCGAGCCCAUCGACGAGCGUAUCGCCACUGUCAAUGCAUUCAUCAGUCUCGUCCGCUUGCCUUUCGCGCCUCUCAACCAGUGCGUGGUUAAGCUGGAAGACGUUGCCGGCCCUGCUGCGGCGGAAGCCGAUCUGCAAGCGCUCGUGGUCACUGACGAGACACUCUCUGGUGCUGAAUUCAUCGAUGGUAAGAGGAAAGAGAACGGAUUGUCUUGCUUGGAGAAUUGGGUCAUUGGCGUCGUCGGCAGCGAGGGGCAGACCGAACUCAAGGGUGAUGCUAAAGCUUUGGCAGAAAGCAAGAUCGGUAGCACUGCUAUAAGGAAGUGGCUUGCAGAACAGGGACCUCGCCGUGUGCAGGCUUUGGAGACGGUCAAGAGGCAUCACGUUUCCUACCAGCUGCGUUUGACGAAAGGAAGCGAAGCAGGAGGGAGACGUAAGUCAGGCUAUGACAAUGUCCCAUCGCGUCCUGUUGGAGCUAGUGUACCUCCUCUCGGUUUGUCGAACAGGGCUGUGUUCGAAGGGUCCACGAUCGAAGAAGCGCCCUCGGCAAGUGGACAGCCUAUCGGCACGGCCAAAGAGAGUCUUUCUGCUGUCUUGGGUCAGCCUCCUUCUGAGGAACAGCUCUCUGUCGAGACAUUGUGGCCCGAGCUGGAAAAGCUGUACGGGCAUGGAUAUGAGCUGCUUUGGGUCAGCGCCAAUCCUCCUAACCCAGUGGAUGGGGGUCGCACCACCACAGGCGGGCGAUUUGUCGCUUCGUGCUGCAAAGCGACCAGUGAAGAUCACGCUGUGGUGCGUAUCCACGAUCGCCAUCAGAAUUGGAAGGAGUGCGCUGUGCUCCAAGGUCAUUCGCUCAGCAUCACGCGCGUUCAGUGGAGCAUGGACUCGCGCUUUGUGCUGACCUGCUCAAGAGAUCGAAGUUGGAGAAUGUACGAAAAGGUUGCUGCUUCAGGCGAGGAUGGCCAAGUACGCUUUGUGCCUUUUACUGGAGAGCGUUCGCAUGCCCGAAUCAUCUGGGACUGCGCUUGGUCUAGCGAUGUAUCAAGAUGCUAUGUUUUUGCGACAGCUUCGAGAGAUAAGACGAUCAAAAUUUUCCAGCUUGAACUCGGGGGAAAGCAAGACGAGAAGCGGUUCAAGUUGUUGCAAACGGUCAAAUUCAACCAAGCAGUGACGGCGAUUGCUUUCGGAGUCGAUCUGGUGCUUGCUAUCGGCAAAGAAGAUGGUGAGGUGGAGAUCUUGCAGCGCAAGGCAAAUGAAGAUGGUGAAGCAACAGAAGAGUGGGUUACAACGCUCAAGGUGCAAGACAUGGCAUCAGAGCAAAUCAACCAACUUGCUUUCCGACCGCCGGUGCUGGAUGAUGGCGAUGAUGCGAUUCUUGCUUCUGCUUCUGAAGAUGGGAUUGUGCGCUUGACAAGAGUUUCUGGCCUGUAG